AUGCCCUUGGCACUAUCAACAUCGCCAUUGGAUUCCCACAGCAGCACCCAGCCGACGAUGCAAGACGGCGUUGUCGAGGACCGCGUAGAUGACUACUUGCCCGAGCUGCUUGCGAGAGACUUGCAGCUGUCAGCUGCCGUCUUUGCAGCCAAGAAUAUGACUGCUGGCGCACCUGCCAUAAGAAUUUCUUUCCACGAAGAGUCCCGGGCACGCGUGAGCAGGGUGCCCUUGCAAACAUCCACCCAAGUCGCCUCAGCCAAUAUGAAAUCUCGGACCGCGAGCGAGGAACAAGACUCCAUGGUCUCAUCUUUCGACCCAGUCGACCCGAACUUGCACGACUACGUAUCCGACAUAUCGUCUACUUCAAGUCGCUUCAGCGGCGAAGAAGCUGAACCACCAUCCUUCCGGCAUCGGGCGUCCCUCGAAACCACCGCUACGUCAACAGCUUCGAUUGGCUGCAAACACAAGCCAUCUUGCCGACCAGAAUAUGCCUGCCGUUACACUUGGUUGGACCUUGACUCGGACAGAGAUGAGCAUGAGACUGGUCAUGGGGAAGGUGGUAACGUCAGCUUCAUCUCUCCCAGACCCCCGACACGGCAAGGAUCCGGGCCGGGGUUACAUCUCUCGGAAAAGCCCAUCCGGGAGAGCUCUGAACGGUGUUCAAGCAUGCCAAGCGCUCCGCUUCAAAAGUUGCACUCUGUAAGCGAGCCAUCGCCGAGGAUGGUAACUCGGCGGCAACAGACUGGCACUUUAACCGAUCCUCCGCUCAAUUCGUGUACGGCUGUUGGGCCAAGGAAUCGAGCCAUGUCGAGAUUAUGGAAAAGUCCAUCCGCACAAAAGGUCGGCCAAUUUAGCCGCGACAGCUCUAUUCAGCCGAGACGGACGCAAUCCUUGUGCGUCAACACGAUAAGGAGUAGCUCGCCCAACAGUCAGCUCCGGAACAGAGUCUUGCGACUCAGUGCGGUCCGCAAGUCCUUGCCCCUGAGUGAAGAAGAUUUCCUAGACAAAGACGAUGAAGCCAUAUACUCUUCCGAAGAGCAAUCAGAUGACAGGUCCAAGCCUGGAAUUGCACGUCAUUCAACGUCCACGGAGAGCUUGCCAAGCGUGCAGUCCUGGUUAGAAAGCAGCCUCCGGCCAUAUCCACGAGCAUGUCGAAACGAAGAAUGUGCCAAACCCGUGCCGUUGCCAUCGGAUGCUGUUGAAACUCUGCGGGUUUCUGUCGCUUGUUUCCCAGAGACGAUGCUUCUGACAUCUAGCCUCACGGUCGAAACCAUCAGGAGCUAUGCGAGGAAGGUGCGGCAGCCUAGCAUGAACAGAGGGAGCAUCGAGCCCAGCGAGUCGCCAGCACGUGAAGCACGAAAGUCCCUCUGGCGCAAAGCCGCGACCUACAAAUGCGGAUCCGAGACUGGCCACUCGAAAUCAUCAUCACGCGAAGCCACCACAAGGCCUUGGGACGGAAGUUGCGAGGACUCGGACAGACCAAAGCCGUGGGCGCCCAUCAAGAACGUUUUUGGCUGCUGCUCGGAUUACCUUUCCGAUGCCCUCUACGCUCACAUCGUGGCGUACAACUACGUCUCUGCGCUGACGGUGGGAGAUCCCUCGCCGCACGCGAGCCGUGUGCGACGCAACAACGCCACCACCGCAUGCGGGCGGGGCUCGCAGCAGCAGCAGCAGCAGCAACACCUCGACGUACCCGAGAAGGCCGCCCGGCUUCUUGGGCUUUUGGCGGAACCAGACAUGGCGGCCGGCACGAACCGGCUGUCCAAAAGGCCGGGCUCACCGCGGGCAGACUGGCAUGGGCCAGACAUGCCGACCAGCUGCGAAGGCGGCCCGAGUGCGCAAGACAACAACAACACCCUGCGGGCGAUUCAGAGCGGCCUCUUGCGUUGCGUGUCGCGGCUGGUCGCCACGGCCAAGUUGACGGCAGGGAUGGGCGCAGGCCAAGACGGGAUGGCGGAUACGGAAGCCGAGGAGGGCGCGGACAUGCUUUUGAUGAGGAGUCUCUGCGAGAUUGUCCGAAUAGCCGAAGAGUCGUCAGAUGGAAAAGAAGACACGUCUUUUUUUGUCUUUCCCAAAUACUCCGUACCAUACAUAGGCAUAGAUCAAACAGACGUGACAGACGUGGCGUACAAAUGCGUCUACAUGACUAGCCAGGCCAGUGUAGACUGCCGCCCUGGCCUGCGAUGCCCUCCAACCCAGGGCGGCACGCAUUACACCGAGAAGUGCAUGGAAACUUGUAUUAGAGGCGAACAAUAUGCUAGCCCUUCUUCCCCACGGCUAAGAAACGGCAAAGCGAUCGUUCGUACGGAGUAG